CAUCAUGCCUGACGUUCUCAAAACGCCCGCAGAUCUCAGAACAGCGCCUUAUGACCCGCGCUUCCCUAACACGAAUCAGACAAGGCAUUGCUACCAGAGCUAUCUGGACUUCCAUCGGUGCCAGAAGGUCCGCGGCGGAAAUUACGAAGCUUGCAAUUACUUCAAGCGAGUGUACAGGUCGCUCUGCCCCAACGAAUGGAGUGGCAGGUGGGACACCCAACGCGCUGAGGGCUGUUUUCCAGGCAGAAUCUAAAUGUUCCAUUACUUUCUAGGUUUAAUUUAACCUAUAGUCUUUUGUUUUAUGCAUAGGCAUGGAAGUUAAAGAAUAUAUGGCGU